UUGUGCCGUUGAUCUUGAUCAUUGAAGAUUUGAAGUCCUUCUAAUAACUGUCUUCCCGCCACGGAACGUCCCAAAAUCCAAAUGCAGGUGUCGACCAGAAAGCUCAUAUCUUUAACGCACCCUUCUCUCAAUCUUUCACAUCCAACUGUUGAAUCUUUCGUUUGGAAUACUCUGAUCAGAGCCCAUGUCCAACGAACUCAUCCACCUACCACCCAAUCCCACACCCCGCUCUCCAUCUUCCUCCGAAUGCGCUUCCAUGGUGUCCAACUUGAUUACUACACCUUCCCUUUUCUCCUCCACUCCGUCCAUUCUCCUUCACAUCUCCAAUUGGGGCGAUUAAUUCAUUCACAGUCUAUUCUUUUUGGUUUCUCAUUCGACCCAUUUGUCCAAACUUCGCUAAUUAGUAUGUAUACCGCUUGCGGCAAUGUGGGUUCUGCCCGAAGAGUGUUUGAUGAAAUGCCUCAACCGGAUUUACCUUCGUGGAAUUCCAUCAUGAAUGCGAAUGUCAAAGCUGGUUUGCUAAGCGUUGCGCGCGAAUUGUUUGAUAAAAUGCCAAGUAGAAAUGUUAUAUCUUGGAGUAGUAUGUUGGAUGGUUACGUGAGGUGGGGUCAGUGUGAAGAAGCAUUGGUGUUGUUUAGUCAGAUGCAAGAGGAAAAUAAAGUUACGCCUAACGAGUACACCAUGUCUAUUUUGGUUGCAGCAUGUGAGCAGUUGGGUUCACUUGAACAUGGGAAAUGGGCUCAUGCUUACGUAUACAAACUUGGGAUGGAUAUUAAUGUUGUACUUGGAACUUCUUUGAUUGAAAUGUAUGCUAAAUGUGGGAGUAUCGUCAGGGCAAGAUUAGUUUUCGAAAAUUUGGGUCCAAAGAAAGACUUAAUGGCUUGGAGUGCAAUGAUCUCAGGCCUCGCGAUGCAUGGUCGCUGGGAAGAUUGCCUCCGUUUGUUCUCAAAUAUGGUUGAUAACGGAGUAAGGCCUGAUGACAUCACAUUCUUAGGUGUACUUUCUGCUUGUGUGCAUGGAGGAUUGGUGAGGCAAGGGAAGGAAAUGUUUGAGAGGAUCAGUAAAGAGUUUGGUAUUUCUCCUUCGGUUCAGCAUUAUGGUUGUAUGAUUGACCUUUAUGGAAGAGCUGGUCUGAUUAAUGAAGCAUGGAAUCUUGUGAAUACAAUGCCUAUGGAGCCAGAUGUGCUUAUUUGGGGAGCGCUUCUCAGUGGAGCCAGGAUAUGUGGAGAUAUUGAAACAUGUGAGGUUGCACUCAACAAAAUAAUAAAGCUAGAUCCCACAAAUAGUGCUGCUUAUGUUCUUCUCUCCAAUGUCUACGCUAAGAUGGGUCGGUGGAAAGAUGCUAGGCACAUCAGAAACCUUAUGGAGACAAAGAGGGUAAAGAAAGUUCCUGGGCUCAGUUCCAUAGAGGUCGAUGGACGCAUUCGCUAGCACUAGUUUUCAAUGUGAAACAGCUGAUGUUCAAGAAUACUGUGUAGGUUCAAGAUGGAUUGUUAUGUAUUGCCAGUCAAGGAACAGGAAAAUUUAGCAGUUUUCACUUCAUGCUGAGAACUUGGCAAUUGAAUUCUUCGUUUUAAAUGAUAUAGCACGGUUCUCAUAUGCACAGUAAAAACAUCAAGGUAUGCACUUGCUAAGGUAAUGUUGCAAUAUAAAUUGCCUCGAGGGAUUUCCAGGGGUGAUAUUGUUGUCAACAGUCAGCAACUGGUUUCAAUACUUUGUUGGUGGGGAAUGUUGCUGUAGUGACUGCUGGUAAUUAACCUAGUCCUGAAUUUUGAUCGGGAACAAAUGGUCCUUUUAAGCUUACAAAUUCAUGUGACCUGGCAAUAUCGAUGUCUGGGAGCGCCUUGUUGGAUUUAAGUUUCAUUUGCUUCCAACAAGUUAGCUCCUUAUAGCCAUCCCAAACAAGAAAGUUUAUCUUUGGGAAAUGAACUCCAUCUUCUGCAGAUAUGGUCUUACUAGUAGAAACUGCAGGUUCUACAAAUUCACUUGCAUGCUGAAUAAAACAGAAAAAGGCCGAAGCUUCAUGUACUUCUAAUUCUUAUCUGUACAAGCUCCAUUCUUUCACAUCUAUCCCACAUUUCCAGUUCUCCGAUUGUCCUUUCUUCAGGCUGAAUGCUUACUAAUGCAAGGGCUGCUAAGCAAUUUUUACCUUUGCAAUGAGCUAAUACAUUUCAACCCUUCGCUAUACUGUACCUAAAUAUUGUAAUACCCUUUUAAUGAAUCUUUUCAUUUAAUAGUAUAUCUUUUUGUUUCAUCAUGUCU